UAAACAUUAGAAAGAAUUUUUUCCGCGAUAUUCAUGGGCUUUGAACUUGUAAAAAAUAUGACAAAGUUAGCAUCUUUAGAAACCUCGAUAGUCUGGAGGAAAAGCGACAAAGGCAAACGACAACACUAUUCAUUAAGGGUUGGUGCCAAGUGUCUUUCUUCUCGUGGUGAAAUCUAUUUGACGCAAAAUCUUUUCGCCAUAUUUGUGGAGGCUCGCAGCUCAUUGCUCUCAUUUGAAGGUUGUUAAACCACUCACUGGUAUGACUCUAACUAAAUGGCUCAAGGCAGUUUGACUAAACAUAAUACUAUCAUAACCUCUCAAUUUCCUGUCCGUAUGUAUGGAUCUUAAACACGAUGGAAUUUGUUUGUAACUUGUGAUCGGGACUAAUCUCACGGUUGAAGAUGUCAAUGGUUUGGUAUCUCUUCAUCGCUAGUGUUUGUACCUGUUUUUGUUUUUCCUUUGCAAGCCUCCAAGCGUUGUUGAAGGAUUCAAAAACGAAGUUUUUUCAUCGCAACCGAACAGCUAUACGUAAAGCAAAACAUUUUGAGGAGGCGGGUGUUUGCAAAAGGAAUCCUUGUCUUCAUAAUGGACGUUGUGUCGUUGAUGACAACUACGUUGAUGGAUAUUUCUGUGAAUGUGAGGAUAACUAUGAUGGGGUCAAAUGUCAACGGCUCCGAUGCAAGUUAUCCUUAAUAAAGUACGCUUCCAUGAAAUGUCUCAUAAAAAGGCUUCAGGAUCACAAGCAAAGACGAAAACUUUUUUCUUUAAAUUCAAAUUCGCAUGGAAUGAAUCUUAUAUCUGUGCCACAAAUGUUUGUAAAGUCCCAAAAAACAUUUAUCAAAGAUGCAUCAACUAAUUCCUUUACAAUCGAUUGGUACAUGAAAAUGCAAGAUACUUUUAACGAGAAUGCCAACGCGCAUGCUCAUUUUACGUUGCAAGACAAGAAAUUCCACGAGCAGCCGACAUUGAAAGAUUUAUCCGAGAUAUAUGAAUAUUUCUACAAGCAACAUAAGACGAAAAGCGCCAUGAGUGUCUUACAUCAAAGUCCGUCAAUUGAAGCGAACUUCUACAAAGAUAGGUCGUUUGUUGAUCAGCGUUUUGCCGGAGCAAACGUAUGGCAAAUAUACAGAGUAACAAAUCUUAACGAUGGCAGGGGACUUUCCUGGAAUAACCUUCAGAAUAAAUUGAAUAAGCAUUUCAACUGGAAUGAUGCGAUUAAUACUGCAUUAGGGACGAGUUUUGAACAAGCUAUAGAAUGGGCUAUCGAAAACAAUAAAUUAUUUGUAUCUUGGUAUCCUGAACUCGAGGGAGUGAGUUUGAACAAGCUGCAAAAAAAGAACAAAGGAUUAGCCAAUCACACAGUAGUUAGGUUCACGGCACCUAUUGCGAUGUUCAUCAUGAAAGGUAAUGGUAAUAGUGAAGACGUUGAGACAGUAGCCAUACAGGCUGAUGCUGUACCUGAAGCUCGAGUAUUCGUUCCUGCGGAUAAUGAAGAAUGGUUUUUUGCGAAAUCUCUUGUACAAAGAGCGGAUUUCAAUGUUCUUCAGAUUGUACACAAACGACUAAAGUGUAGUUUAUACAUGGAACCAUUUUGUUUGUUGAUGGAACGAACAUUUUCUGAGCUACAUCCGUUGUACGAUAUGUUACAGUAUCAUUGUCGAGCUGGCCUCGAAACCAAUAAACUUUUUGAUAUGAGACUUUACGGAUCAAAGGGUCCUUUGUAUAAUAUAUUGUCUGUGGAUCAUCCUACUUCAAUAAAUAUCAUAAACAAAAAUUUCAACGCGUUAACGAUGGAUAAUAUUGACCUUGAAGCAGACAUGGAGAGACGAGGUAUGAGUGAUGCAAAUAUUAUCCCUUAUUAUCCCUAUCGAGACGAUGGCAGACUGAUCACAGCAAGCAUACGGACUUUUGUCAGCGGUUUUGUUGACAUGUAUUACCACGACAAUUCUGACGUACUUGACGACACGGAGUUACAAAAAUGGGCAGAUGCUGUCUCGUCCGAUGGCAAUCCUCGUGCAUCUUCAAGGGGAUUAGUAAAAAAAUUUCCGAGUAAAUUUAAAGACAAGCGAACGGUAAAAGAUGUUCUAUCUAAGCUACUUUGGUUGGCUACUGGUUACCAUGCCUCCGUUACAUUUCCUCAACUGGAAUAUGGUGGUUUCCUGCCUAAUGCACCCUAUCGCCUUUUCUCCGAUGAUGAAGACAACGACGUCUUUUCAACCAGCAUGUUAGGAAAUAAAGUGAGAGCACUGGAUCAAAUUGAGUUCACGUCCAACAUUGCGUCAACUCAUUUGGACAAGCUGUUCGACUAUGGCUCAAAAUUACAGGAUAAAGAAGCUCGAGAAUACAUGGACAGGUUUGUUGAAACAAAUCUUGUAAUGGUCACGAAAAAGAUGGCAUUUGCCAACGCAAUUCGCAUGAAAAGUGGUCAUCUUCCUUAUCCGUAUUUGCUUCCAGAUUUUAUUACAAAUAGCAUAAGCACGUGAUUCUAAUGUCAUUUGUCUCUGGAAAGUUGAGUUUAAUUAGGCUUUGUCCAGCGUUGGGAAUAACCGUUGAAGUGAACUAGUGACGGAUCCAGAUUUAGGCAAAAAAAAUUACAACCAGCUCAAUAAUUGGUCAGACUUUGUUCUUUGGAAAUUCACAACGAAUGGCUUUGUCGUUGGGGCGAUUCAAAUCAUCAGCGGCUGUGAUUUACUUUGCCUACUAAACCAAAAUCACCAAGUGAAGAGAGUUUGCACAGCCACUAGAUCAGUGCUUAGAGAAAUUUUUAAGUGAGCUAGAUAACUCGUCUCAAUUAUUUGCGUAACCCCAAAAGCAAGUUAAAAUACAAACAUACCUAGCCAGUGAGAUGUUUCACUCUUAGGGGGCCGAUUACAUGGAGCAAUUUCGGGCUGAAAUUUUAUGUGAUUAUAUGGUCAAUUCCAGCCCGGUGUUUAGACCGGGCUGGAAUUUACGAAGCUCGUCCGAGGCUUGAGCGCCAGUUGUCGUUAAUGUGUGUUGUCGUCAUCAUAAGCAAUAGGCACGCAAUUACGCAUGCGUGAAAAUUUUCAGCUGUGGUUUCAUCCCGGGCUGAAACGUUUACAUGACAGAUUUUUCAGUCCGGGCUAGAAUUGUUUUCAUGUAACCGCGUACGCUAUUUUGAUAGGAUAUUAUAACAGGCCCGGGCUGAAAUUGCUCCAUGUCAUCGGCCCUUUAGUUAAGCAGGUAAAGGUUGGUUUCAAAGGACAAAUGGAAGGUUUAUUUACAAGUAAAACCAGGGUAGUUUGAUUGCUUAGUGAGUAAAUGGAAUCCGAGGGAGGCUGAGUAAAAGUUUACUAAACCUCCCAAGGCUUCAAGCACAUUUCAUCGCUAAGUAAUCAAACUACCAUGGUUUUAUUAUGCAAUACUAUGAUUGCCGAAAUGUUUUAGUCAGUGCUUCACGCACUGUCAACGAUGAUGUAAAUUAUACGAUUUUGUAUUUUUGGGAAUAUUUUGUGGUGAGUUUUAUUAUUUCAAGCUGAAAAUUUGGGAUUGUUACUACAAGUGCAGAGGACAUGCAAAGUCUUAUUACAUGUAAUACGACCCGUGAAGUUAAGUAUAGGUGAAUUGUAAUUACGUAAAAUUACUUAUUAAUUCGUCUUACUAAAACAUCAGAAAUUGACGCAACCAUGGUAGUACUUUUAAUAAAACCAUUCAUUUCUUAAAACGUACUGUUGAGUGUUCAUAAACCAAUGUUAGAAGCGUAAACGAUAAAGAGCUUAACGUUUAUUUAGUUAAUUAAUUAAAUACAUAAAGAAAAUUAACAUAAAUUACUCAUCUGAAGUAAAUAAUUAACUUUAAAGAAGUUGACUUAAAGCAGUUCAAAAGAGAA